GCCGCAUUAAGGCCCGCCCUCCCUCGCACAAGCUCCUCCAGAGCGGGGCCUUUUAGUCCCUCGGCGGACGCCGUAGCACAUAUGGAAGAUGUUCGCGGAGCUCAAUGAGCUGCUCGGCGUCUCCGUCGAAAAGCCGGAGCAGGGCAAGUUCACCCUGCUGUGUGCUGACAAGACAGAUGCCAGCUUCCUACUCCACCAUUUUCUUUCCUUUUAUUUGAAAGCUGGCUGUAAAGUCUGUUUCGUGGCCCUUCUGCAGUCCUUCAGUCACUACAACAUUGUGGCCCAAAAGCUGGGAGUCAGUCUGACUGCAGCCAAAGAACGAGGCCAGCUUGUGUUUUUGGAAGGGUUGAAAUCCUCAAACGAUGUCUUAUUUGGUCAGCAGCAGAUGGGAGAAGCCAGUCCUUUCCAGUUCAUCAGCGGAGACGGCUCAAACCUGAAGGUGCUUUACGAGUUUGUCCGGACAGCCCUAAGCCCUGUCGCUGCUGCUGUGGGAGACUCGUGGAAGUGCCCCGUGCUCAUUGUGGACAACCUCAGUGUCUUGCUGAGCCUGGGUGUGAAGCUGGUGGACGUUCUUGAUUUCAUCCAUUAUUGCAGAGUCACAGUGAUCGCUCAGCUUAAGGGGAACUUGGCCGUGAUGGUGCAGAGCAGUGCUGACUCAGAGGACGAGGAGAACGAGCUGCUUGUGAAGGCUCUCCAUCACCAGAGCAACUGGGUCCUGUCGGCAGAAGGCCUGGCAACUGGCUACUGCAAAGACGUUCAUGGGCAGAGAAAUGUUAAGAACUUAAGAAGAGCCCUAUCACUGGAUCAGGCCAAAGGCAUCCAACAUCCUGUCCUCACAGUGGCCAACCAGAUGCCCAACUGAUAUUCAGAAGCGCACUGUCUCCAUUACUGAAGGAAACGCAUAGGUAUAAGGACUAGUAGCCAUUGAUAGUUUUAUCCUCCAUUAAUUUGUCUGUUCUCGUUGUAAAGCCAUCUCAGUUAGUGGCCAUCACAUCUUGUGGCAGGGAAUUCCAUAGGUUAACUAUGUGCUGUGUGAAGCAGUCCUUCAUUAUGUACAAAUCUUCCAGCAUUUGGCUUUCCUGAAUGACCCCAUUGGGUUCUACUAUUAUACGAAAUGGAAAGAAAACGUUUCUUUAUCCAUUUUCUUCAUGCCAUGCAGAAUUUUAUAAACCUCAAAUGCCGUUGUCUUAUUAACUCUUGUUUUGCUUAUUUAUUUAUUUUGCGAGCUGCCCUGGGAAUUACUUGUUGAAGGGUGGUUUAAAAGUUUAUGCAAAUAUCACAUUUUAAUUCCCAGGCACAGUUAAAAAAAUUACAUGAGCGCCUAGAGCAACAGUUGAGGUUUCAGAGAUAAUGUUCUAAACAGAAGAAAUGCUUUGCUAUGGAUUGUAGUCUGUUCUGAUUCAUCAUACUUCUUUCACUUUAUUAUUAUUUUGGAUUUAUAACCUGCCCCACCCUUGAAUGCUUAGAUUUAUCUAAUGCUAUGAAAAGGUAGUCAUACGGAUUUGGAGAAAGAAGCAGGAAUGCUUUAGGGCUGUGUAGGCCGCAGACAAAAUAAUUGUUAUAUAAUUACUGUCAGGGCUGGCUAAGGGGAGUGUUUUUGGUUAAAGGGUGGGGUAAACAUGUUUUUAAUGAAACCACCAUGAAGACUGAGGUACUUGCCUACUGCUUACAAAUUUCAUGUGCUAAUUUAGAAGUGUUUUUGUUGUUGCUCUGAAUAAUUUACUGUCAAAUGUGGGGAGAACUCAUAAUUCACGGUUACAGCACAUGGUUUGCAUGUUACAACACCUGGAGAGAACUAUGUUGCUUAAGGAUUGAAGUGCUGCUUUUGGACAUAAUUAUAUUAUUUAUUUUUACAUUUAUGUCCCACCUUUCCUCCAAGGAGCUGAAGGUGGUGUACCUGGUUCUCCUCCAUCUCCAUUUUAUCCUCACAACAACCCUGUGAGGUAGGCUAGGCUGAGAGACUGUGCCUUGCCCAAGGUCACCCAGCUAGCUUCAUGGUGGAGUGGGGAUUUGAACCCUGGUCUCCUGGAUCCUAGUCCAAAAGUCUAACCUCUACACCACACUGGCUUACCCUUCAUGGCUUGGGACCUCCAUACCUGAAGAACUCCCUCUUUCCACAUGUAUCUAGCAGCCCUUGCCUUGAAGAAAUAAUCUGAGGCCCUGCCAAAUGAGAGAGAUGGCAGGUGGCCUUGCGCGAAAGGGCCUGUGGAGCGGCAGCCCCCUGGCUAUGGGGUGCCCUCCCCAGAGAGGUGUUUCUGAUGCCAGACAAAAAGACUUAAAUGUCUUUCUGAUGCCAGACAAACCUUUUGUUUUCCAUGGCCUUUAAAGUGGUGGUUUAAUAUUGUUUCAGCUCUGUGACUUUUUAUUCCUCUGUUUUCAUAUUUUUAAUGGAGUUAAUGCUUCAGAGUUCUGUUCCUUUGCUCUGUUUUUAAAG